UGUCUGAGGAGGGAUUCAAGCACCGUACCGCGGACGGUGCCGAUGCGGUCGCCGGCGGAGCGGGUUUCAGGCGGCAGCAUGCUGUUGCUGUUUGUGAUCCACAGAGCCUAGCCAGAGCCCCUCUCCCGCCGUGGCAAACACUGUGCAAGUGAACUCAUGUGUGCAGGAGGCGGCAGCAGCCGGGGGGAUUUCAUAGAAGGAUCUGAGGGGAAAACGCUAACCACAAGUUCAACAUGAUUCUGCUACUUGGGUCUGGAUGUCCACAGGACCGGCAUUGCUCCUUGCCUUGAAUGCUGAAGACGGGUCCAGAGCAUCUUUCCUAUGUGUGUCUGCUGUGUUGCUCCCUGGAAGGGCGGGAGACUGCUUCUGGACUGUGGUUUGAAAUGAGAGGUAGGGAGGAUGGAUCGCCUUUCAUUCAAGCCUGAAAAUGCAUUCUUUGGAUAAUUAAAGAGGAACUGCUUUUCUAAAACAUACCUGCUCUUUGAGUUCAUCUUGGUCUAUGACCCCCCCAUCACCACUAUUAACCUCCAGAGUGAUUAGCCUACCCCUCCCCAUGGAAGGAGCCGAGUAUUUCCAGUAGUAGGUGCACAUCCAGAAGCCUUGGAGGAGGGGGAUGGCUCUUCAUAUCCAUGAAGCUUGCAUACUUCUGUUGGUCAUCCCUGGAUUGGUCACCUCUGCUGCCAUCAGUCAUGAAGACUACCCUGCUGAUGAAGGGGACCCAACCUCCAGCAACGACAACCUGAUCUUCGAUGACUAUCGAGGGAAAGGGUGUGUGGAUGACAGCGGCUUUGUGUACAAAUUGGGAGAACGAUUUUUCCCAGGGCAUUCCAACUGCCCUUGUGUCUGCGCUCUGGAUGGACCUGUUUGCGACCAGCCAGAAUGCCCUAAAAUUCACCCAAAGUGUACUAAGGUGGAACACAAUGGAUGCUGUCCUGAGUGCAAAGAAGUGAAAAACUUUUGUGAAUAUCAUGGGAAAAUUUACAAAAUCUUGGAGGAAUUUAAGCCCUCUCCGUGUGAAUGGUGUCGCUGUGAGCCCAGCAAUGAAGUUCACUGUGUUGUAGCAGACUGCGCGGUUCCUGAGUGUGUCAACCCAGUCUAUGAACCAGAACAGUGUUGUCCUGUCUGCAAAAAUGGCCCAAACUGCUUUGCAGGAACCACCAUCAUCCCGGCUGGCAUCGAAGUGAAAGUGGACGAGUGUAACAUCUGUCACUGCCACAACGGGGACUGGUGGAAGCCGGCGCAGUGCUCCAAACGCGAGUGCCAAGGCAAGCAGAUCGUGUAGCGCCCGAGCCCGGCG